AUGUCCAAUCCACCGUUUACGGUCAAAGCGAUCUUCGAGUACGCUUCAGACCAUGAGGAUGACCUGGCUUUCCCAAUCGGUCAGAUCGUAACCGUUAUGGGUGUUGAGGAUGACGAGUGGUAUUCCGGUGAAUACACGGAUGAAUCGGGUGCUAAACAGGAGGGCAUCUUCCCCAAGAACUUUGUCGAGAAAUAUGAGCCGCCUGCCCCGCCCCGACCAUCUCGUCCCAACAGGCCCAAGAAGGAGCCUGAAGCUGUAGUUCCUCCCCCCGAGCCUGCGUCGCCAGCGGACCCCAGCCCGGUUGAAUCCAACGACCAGCCGGAGCCCGAGUUUGACGAUACUCCUGCUGCUACUCCUGCUGCGGCUCCCGAGGUUUCCGCUCCCCAACCGCCGGCGCCGGCUCCGCAGCCUCCGCAAUCCCCUCCUCCCCAAACGGUCACCUCGCCAGUCGCAGAAGCUCCCACUUCUCCAAAGCCUAUGCAAGCUGCAGCACCUCCUCCGCCAGCCGCAGCUGAACCCGCUUCUAAGCAUACGGCCAAGCCUCCGCCGCCGGCAGCAGCGCCGAAACCGAGCAGUUCCUCGUUUAGGGAUCGCAUUGCUGCGUUCAACAAGGCUGCGGAGGCGCCCCUUGCACCAAUCAAACCCGGUGGACUCAGUUCGGGAUCCAAUCCAGGCUCAUUUGUCAAGAAACCUUUUGUGGCUGCACCUCCCAGCAGACAUGCCUACGUGCCUCCGCCUCCACCUAGGGAGCCGCCUCCGAAGAUAUACAGGCGCGAGGAGGAUCCGGAGUUCCAGGAACAGCUGGCACGGGAGCCUCCCGUCUCUGAAAGCCGCCCACCCCCUCCACCCCCUGCGAUUGAAUCACCAGAGCAAGAAGGGGAAGAGCAGCCCAAGCCCACGAGCUUGAAGGAAAGAAUCGCCUUGCUCCAGCAGCGUCAAGCGGAGCAGGCGGUCCGUCAUGCUGAAGCUGCCCAGAAGAAGGAGAAGCCCGAGAAGCCCAAGAAGCCUGCGGAGCCGGCCGAACAAGCUGCUCCUGUUGAAGGCGGUGAAGUUGCUGAGGCUGAUACUCAUGCUUCCCCGGUUAUUGCGCAAGAGCCGACGAGCGACGCGAAUGAUGCGGACUAUUCCGCUGCCGCUGACACUGAAGAAGCAGAGGAGACCUCGACCAGCAAGGAAGAUUACGAUGAUGCUCCUGCUGCUCGUCCUGUGUCGCGACGGGAACCGCCUGCUGAACAGGAGGAAGACAAGGAGAAGGAAGAUACCGCUGACGAGGAGGCUGAAGGCGAACAGGAGGAGGAACAGGAAGGAGAAGUUGAUCCCGAGGUCAAGCGCAAAAUGGAACUCCGAGAGAGAAUGGCCAAGAUGAGCGGUGGUAUGGGCAUGAUGGGCUUAUUUGGUGGAAUGCCAAUGCCUGGCGCGGCUCCUCGCAAACCCAAGCCCUCUGCGGAUACUGAAAAGAAGCCUGCUGCCGAAUCGGAGGCCACCACCCCUGCUGCUGCUCCCGCUCCCCCGGUUCCUGUCAUGGCUUUGCCAGGAAUGAAUGCCAACAAGCCGCCCCCCGCUCCCCCCACCGACGUCGAGAAGGAAGAGGAAGCGCCUCAACCCCCUCAUGUGACCGAGCAGCAUACCGCAGAGGAAAUUCCUGAUGUCGAGGAAGUUGUCCAUGAAGAGCCAUCCACGGAAAGGCCACCACCGCCACCCCCUCAUGAGGGCGCAGCGCCUCCACUUCCGCCUUUGGCGACCAAGCCUGUUCCGCCGUCAGUCCCCCAGGAGCAACCCACAUCGCCGUCUUCGACAACAGGUGCCCGGUCCAUCCCCCCUGUUCCGAAGUCUCCUCCCACUUCCGCGGAUGCAGGGAACGAGUCGGACGAUGAGCUUUUUGUUCACGCUAGAAAUCUGUCUUUGAACGCCGUCGCUGCGGACCGGCCCGCUCCGCCCCCGCCAGCUGGAGCACCACCACUCCCGGAUCAUUUGGAUUCACGACGCCCUUCGACUUAUGAUACCUCGUCUCCUCUGUCUCCUACUUUUGGUUCGGAGAAAAGACUUAGUCGACCACCACCGCCUAUUCCUACGAGUCCACCAUUGUCACCUCCGAGACAAACUAGGGCUCCUCCUCCGCCACCGCCCAACGAUCUUCGCCGUAGAUCUACGGCUGAAAGCCGGACUACCACGGCUUCUUCUCGCCAAGCCGGGGAAGGGGACGGCGAAACCACGGAAUAUGACGGUGACUACGACACAGAUAUCGCGUCCGGUGCUAAGCAUAAGGAUGCUCUGAAGGGUCACGAGGCCGACUCAAGCAUGGACGAAGGCACCCCUGUCGACGACUUUUCAAUUAAGUCGCCUCAAAGCCCUUGUGGUGCCCCUCCCCCACCUCCCACUGCUCCCAGAGCAGUCCCACCGCCACCACCCAACCAACCUCCUAGGAGCGCCGGUAGGUCGUCUGUUGACAUUCCUAGAGGACCUCCACCGCCGCCUCCGGCUGCUCCCCCAGCUGCCCCCGAAGAUGAUGAAUACGACCCGUUCCGGUAUAGCAACCCGCAGCAUGGCUUGGCUUCACCUACGAUGCCACCUGUCCCCGCUGGACGGCCACAGCCACCUGUUCCUCGGCCCGAGCCAACGGCCGAUGAACAGGAUGAACUGUAUGAUGCAUCUCCCGUGACCACGUCUUCCGAGCGGCCGUUUUCUCCGUCGCGGGAGAAGCGCAUGUCCGGUGUACCACCUCUGCCGCCUCCCCACGAGACUCCAGUUGGCCCACCCCCAUCCUCGUCUCGGAGUAACCGUACUUCUUUGGAUGUUCCGCGGAGCUCGCAUGGGGUACGACGAUCCAUUGACGGCCCUCGCCCGUCAUUCGAUCAGGGAUUCAUGGCCAUGGAUGUCGAUCUAGCAGAGCACACCAUGUGGUGGGCCAAACCCAACACGCCACCGCCGGCCAUCCAAGGUCGGAAGGAUGUGCAGUUCGAGAUCGAGGAGUCAACCUCCAUGAAGCGCGGUGGUAAGACGACCGUGACCAAGGAUGUCUACGUCCUUUAUGCGGACUACUCCCAGACGGUCAUCACGGUUACCUAUGAUGCUCGGAACCCAUCUGACGUCUCCUUGGAGCAGCGCAAAGAGCAUCCUCCGGUUCAGCCUCGUCAGGAUCAGUUGGAGAAUGCACACGUUCAAAACGGUACCCGUAUUAAUGAUGCGGUGACAUCGUUUCAAAACACUACUGUCGCGGACGGUACUCCGUUUGGUCUGGUCCAACAUCUACUCCAGCCUUUGUCGAACGCUUUGUUACCCGUUGGCACCCGAUCCUACGGCGCUUUGGUCUACGCCAACCUCGCCAACGCAUCUGUGCAGCAAUUCGAUGAGAUCCGCGCAGGUGAUAUCGUGAGCUUCCGGAAUGCCCGCUUCCAGGGCCACCGCGGGACAAUGCACCAGAAGUACAACGCAGAGGUGGGUAAGCCCGAUCACGUCGGUGUUGUUGUCGACUGGGAUGGAACGAAGAAGAAGAUCCGUGCGUGGGAGCAAGGGCGUGAGAGCAAGAAGAUUAAGAUGGAGAGCUUCAAGCUCAAUGACCUGCGCAGUGGGGAGUGCAAGGUCUGGCGAGUUAUGCCGCGGAGCUGGGUUGGAUGGGAGAGUUAG